AUUCAAACUAUAUAUAUUCUAAAAAAUGUACAAGCCUAAGCCAUUCACAUUUGGAGGAGGAAUGAGGUUCAAUACUAACAAUGUGUCUAAUAAACCUCCAUCAAGAGCAGCUAGUAAAAAGGUUAGAAAAAGAUCUGCAAUGAGAAGACUUGAUUCUGCCUCUAGGAUGAGGAAUACAAACAACUCUAACAAGGCUACUGAUUCCUACAAAGGAGGAAGCAAUAAGCCAUCAUCUGGUUAUAGAAUGCCAGGGUCUUCAUCUCUCUCAAGAACCUCUGGCAAGAGAGCAUCGAGGAUAAUUAUCCGUGAGACUACAGAUACUUUAAAAGAAAAGCAAAUGCGGAAUGGGUCAAGUUACAAAAAGAACGAGCUUCCUCAGAACAUUCUUAGGGAUAUAAAGCCGGUGGACUCCUUGAAGGAUAGCAUUAAUCAGAUGUUCAAUUCGUCUGUGAAGAGGCCAUCAGGGAUUACGACGAACCCCACUUCAAGCUUGUAUGGGAAUUCAACAGGUACAAGCAACUUCUCAUCGAAAAUUCGAGUCAAUAGAGAUAGCACAGAAGCUUCUACAAGAGCGGAGGAGGACUACAAGAAACCAGAAGUUGUGAAGAAGUCCAAGAUUGAAUAUGGUAGUACUAGUAAUGAUUACAAGCCAGUGUACCUCUCAAAGGUAGCUGGACUACCUAAUAUUGGGAACACAUGAUUCAUGAAUUCGAUCCUUCAGUGCCUCUUCGCAUCUCCUGGUCUCAAUGAAUAUUUUCUGAAAGAUGCUCAUGAGGAUGAAUUAAAUACGAAGAGUAAGACUAAGGGCAGACUAGCAGAAGCUUAUGCCUCCUUAGUCAAGAGCGCCAAAAGCGGCAGUGUCAGCAGGAUGGCAGUCUCCGAUUUUAAAUCCUUAGUAGGAAGAUUCAACUCACAGUUCAUUGGAUAUGGCCAGCAGGAUUCUCAAGAAUUCCUUAGAUUUGCUCUAGAUGGCCUCAGUGCAGAUUUAAAUAGAAUAACAAAGAAACAGAAAUACAAAGAAUUGAAAUUUGCAAAAGAGACCAAACACGAGCAAGCAGAAGCAUGGUGGAAAUACUUCCUCGGAAGAGAGGAUAGCCAUAUCACUGAUAUGUUCCAAGGCCAGCUUGUCAGCAUUACAGAGUGACACCUUUGCGGUCAUCAGUCUCUUGCAUUCGAUAGCUUUAUGGAUCUUUCCUUAUCAAUUCCCGAGGACAGAUCAAGAUCCUUGUACUCUAGAACAAGUUCUGUCACACUUGAAAAAUGUCUGAAUGAAUUUACUAGUGAAGAGAAGUUUGAUAAGGAUUGCGGCUACAAGUGUGAAAAGUGUAAGAAGACCACAGAAAUUACGAAAAGAAUGAGGAUCUACCGUUUUCCUCCAUUACUAUGAAUUCACUUGAAAAGGUUCCAUUACUCCUCGUGGAGGAGAGACAAGAUUAAUACCAGUGUGAAAUUCCCGAUAAAAGAUCUGGAUUUAGAACCUUAUAGCGACAAUGAAGAAAUCAGUAGCUCAAAGAUGACAUACCAUCUGUAUGGAAUAUCACAUCACUCAGGGUACAUGAGUGGAGGGCAUUACGUCGCAGAUACUAAGAAUGUACCUGGAGACAAGAAGUGGUACCACUGCGACGACUCCUUCGUCAGCAAAGUAACAGAACCUAGCAACUCUGGAAGCUCUCCUUACGUCCUCUUCUACUACAGGAGUGACUUAGAAAAAACAAGUUCAAAAAUAUAACCUUGCUUGCUUAUGCCAUUAAAAUCUCUUCAAAAUA